CCCAACAAAAUUGUAUUUCCGCUCCCUCUUUUUUCUUAGAUUUUGAUAGCUGAAUUUAUCUCUGCAAAUCAUGUUUUUCAGUGGGCAGAUUUGUGCAGACAGUUCUUAAAGGAAGCGCAAUGGAGUUGCAAUAAACAUAUACCUACUUUUGACGAGUAUCUUAAUAUGGGAUGGUUAUCAUCAUCUGGACCACUUUUACUUGUUCAUGCCUACUUUCUAAUGAAUAAAAAUAUUACAAAUGAAGAGAUAGAAUGCUUCAACGAUUACCCUGCUCUCUUACGCUACCCAUCCACAAUUUUUCGCCUUUGCAAUGAUUUAAGUUCCUCAAAGGCCGAGAUUGAGAGAGGUGAAACUGCCAAUGCAAUUUCAUGUUACAUGCAUGAAAAAAGUGUUUCUGAGGAAGUUGCCCGUGAAUACAUUAAGAGUUUGAUAGAUGAGAAUUGGAAGAUGAUAAAUAAAGAAUUGGUUUCAAAUUCCAUUUUCAGCAAGUCCUUUAUUGAAAUAGCCAUAAACCUUGCUCAAAUAGCGCAAUGUCACUACCAGUAUGGCAACGCUCACAGUGAUCCAAAUGACAUAACGAGAAACCGAGUUUUGUCAGUUAUUAUUGAGCCCAUUCAAUUGACACAGCCAUAUAGGAACUUAAAACUGUCCGUAAAUUAAGAGAAAAGAUUGUUAACUUAAAGAAGUGUAACUAGUUUAUAUAUUAUAAGGUUCAUAAGGAUGAUUAUUGAACAGAGGUGGUAGAUAAAGUGAUAAGGACGUAGCUGGUUCAACCCUCACCGAGAGGAUGCUACUUGCUGAGUUAUACUCAAGUCGAGGGUGGGUAUUAAUCAAUUUGCUUCAAAACGACUUCAUGUUACAAAAUCUGUAUUGAACUUUUUGUAAGUAAAAGUGUUCUCUUGUUGGGAAUAUAUACAAAUACUAUAAUGAAUAUUGAUUAUAAUGA